AUGUUUGGCGACUUGAAUGAAAAAGAAACAUUGAACAAGAAUUGGUUAAACAAUGAUUUACCAAUUCAUAACAAUCAAAGAUCUUUGAAAAAAUAUAAUCGUUGGUUAAUACCAUUUUGGUUAUUAUUCAUUUUUAUAAUUUCAUCAAUAUUUGGUAAAACAGUUUAUAAUAACAAUUUAUUAAACUUAAAGGUACCUGAUGAAUCAUUAUGUCCAAUUCUUGAAAAAAUCAAUCCAAAUUCAUAUAUUACAAAUCCUGAUAAUAUAAAAUAUAUCUUGGAAGAUGAUAAGUUUCAUGAAUUAUUAAAUAAAAGAUUUCAAAAUUCAAUAAAAAUACCAACUGAAAUUUAUGAUGAUAUGCAAGAUCCAGUGGGAAAUGGUUCAAAAGACAAAAGAUGGUAUCCAUUCUUAUGGUUUCAUCAUUACUUAGAAAAAACAUAUCCAUUAAUUUAUAAAAAUUUAAAAGUUGAAAAAAUUAAUAAAUUAGGAUUAGUAUAUACAUGGAAAGGAACUGAUGAUAAAAAGAAACCAAUAAUGUUAACUGCUCAUCAAGAUGUUGUACCUGUUCAAGAAGCUACUUUAAAUAAAUGGGAUUCUCCCCCAUUUGAUGGUCAUAUUGACAACAAAACUGGAUUUAUAAUUGGUCGAGGUGUAUGUGAUUGUAAAAAUUUAUUAAUUGGAUUAUUAAGUACAAUUGAAUUUUUAUUAGAAGAAAAUAAAUUUAAACCAAAAAGAACUAUAAUUUUAGCAUUUGGUUAUGAUGAAGAAAGUGCAGGAGAAGGAGCAAAACAUAUAUCAAAUCAUUUAAUUAGUCAAUAUGGUGAAAACAAUUUCUUACAAAUUAUUGAUGAAGGUACAGCAGGGUAUGAAAAUUUAAAUGAUAGAAAUUUUGUAUUCAUUGCAUCUGGUGAAAAGGGUCAUUUAAAUUCUCAAAUUGAAAUUUUUAGUAUUGGUGGACAUCUGUCUGUUCCAGAUUCUCAUACAUCAAUUGGUAUAAUUGCAAAAUUAAUUAAUGAAAUUGAAUCAAAUCCAUUUAAACCAAUUUUAACUAAACUGAACCCUGUAAUGUCUCAAUUAUAUUGUUUAGCAGAACAUACAAAUAUUUCAAAAAAUUUAAAAUCAAAUAUUUUAAAAUCUCAAAUUGAUCCCCAAGCGAACGCAAGAGUUAUUGAAUAUUUAAAUUCUAAAAUUGAAACAAAAUAUUUAAUUCAAACCUCUCAAGCUGUUGAUAUAAUUGAAGGAGGAGUAAAAGCUAAUGCAUUACCUGAACAUGUUUCAAUGUUAGUCAACACAAGAAUUGCAAUUGAAAGUUCAGUUGAAGAAACUGUACUUCAUUAUAAAAAUUUAAUUGAAAUAAUUGCAAAGAAAUAUAAUUUUGGAUUUAUUUUAAAUAAUGAAACAAUAAUUGAACCUACUGAAAAGGGUCAUUUUAAAUAUACUACUAUAGAACCAUUAGAACCAGCUCCCGUAUCUCCUCAAAAUGAAAGUUGGAAAAUUUUUGGAGGAUCAUUAAGAUAUUUUUAUGAAAAUAUAUUAAACACUUCUACAACCACAACCACCAACACAACCCAAGAUCCCUUUAUUAUAACUCCUUUUAUAUCAACAGGAAAUACAGAUACAAAAAAUUAUUGGAAAUUAACAAAAAAUAUUUAUAGAUAUAUUCCUGGAAACAUUAGUUCUAAAAGUGGUGGAGUUCAUAGUGUUAAUGAAAAAAUUAACAUUUCAUCUCAUUAUGAUAUUAUUGCUUUUUAUUAUUAUUUUUUACAAGUUAUUGAUAAAGUUGAAGAUGAAUCAUUUGAUUAA